GCUUUGCUUAGUUUAAAAGAAUUUCGCAGAAUAACACAAAUUUUGUGCUGUAUGUAUUGUUCCAGAAUUUCUUAUUUAUACUAAGUAAAUUAUUGUCAUCAUGUCGAAAAUCUUCACGCCCACAAAUCAAAUACGUCUUACAAAUGUAGCAGUGGUGAGAUUGAAAAAAGGAGGAAAGCGAUUUGAAAUUGCAUGUUACAAAAAUAAAGUUUUAUCCUGGAGAAGUAAUGUGGAAAAAGAUAUCGAUGAAGUUUUACAAACUCAUACCGUUUUUACAAACGUCUCUAAAGGACAAGCCGCCAAAAAGGAUGAACUGAUGAAAGCAUUUGGUAAAUCUGAAGAAACUGAAAUUUGCAAAGAAAUUUUAAUGAAAGGUGAACUGCAAGUGUCUGAAAAAGAAAGGCAGUCGGUGCAUGAUACACAAUUGAACAGUAUUAUCAAUAGUGUAGCAGCAUUGUGUGUUAAUCCCGAGACCAGAAGACCCUACCCAUCAACUAUAAUAGAGAAAUCGCUUAAGGAAGCACACUUUUCGAUUAAACCGAAUCGUAAUAACAAACAGCAAACAUUGGAUGCCAUUAAAUUGCUCAAGGAACACAUGCCUAUUGAAAGGUCUCGUAUGAAGUUAAGAGUUUCCUUUGCCGCCAAAAAGGACAAUGGGCCCAAACUAAAGGAAUCUAUAUUGAAACUGAGCACUGCAGUCGAUCAUGAAGAAUGGGAAGAAUCUACUUUGCACAUGACCUUAUUAAUCGAUCCGGGAAACUAUCGUGUUAUUGAUGAAUUGGUGCGAAAUGAAACCAAAGGCAAAGGCUUGGUGGAACUGUUGGAACUUAAAGAAGUGGUGGAAACAGAUGAAAUUUUCUAAACGUUUUGUUGUAACGUUUACGACUAUAAUUUAUUUGAUUUUUUUUUUAUUAAUAUAACAGUAUGGAUAAAAUAUAAUAAGUUUUUUUUAAAUAACACUUCAUAGCAGACAAAUGUUCUUAAUCUAUUCACUUUUAUUGCUUAUUUGCGUUUUUUAAGAUUUUCAAAGCGUUUGGACAAGUCGUCGAAAUCAAUGUCAUCAUCGUUAUUAUUGGGCUUUACUUCAUCUGUUGGAAUAUCUGGCAAGUCCAUGGGGACAUUUGGUAACUGCGGUAUUUCCAUGGAUGAAGGUGGAGCAGAAGGUUGAACUGCUGGAGGCAAUUUACUGCGUGGUUGAGGUUUUGGCUUGUUCGCGUUC